AUGAUGCUCGAAAGGAAGGAUAAGAGAAAAUAUCUCGAGAAGGAAUUGAGACUUAUCAAAGAGAAAGUAAAGCUUGAGGGCAGGCUUCAGGCGAUCGCCAAGGACGCAGCAGACUCUUUGGGUAAGGUCGACGUGGACUUGGAAGGGAGCGAGGAGAUCAUUGCCAGCCUCGAGUUGCCGUUGUGUGGUUCUCGUGCUGCGGAGUACGACGUCCUACGGGGUCUAGUGUCCAGGGGUCUGGAGGUAACUGGCGAGAUUUUGGGCAUCUUGAAUGGUCUGAAGGUUUUGGAGACACCCAACACAGGGAUAUACCUCAAGCUUAAGAUCAUAUCGAAGGCGCUGUGGAAACAAAAAGAACUUCAUGCCAGAUUGGAUGCUCAUCGGGCCCAGAUAUCUGCUCAUAUUUUGGCUUUACUAUUAAAGCGAUCUUGGACAGCCUAUACUACAGCCAACUCGAGGAUAGAGAAUGGGCCAUCCAUGAAGCCCACGGUUAUGUUCGAGUGGAUUUUCGAAGCUGAUUCUGCUGACAACGACGUCAAGAAGAACAGUGUCAACUUCAUCGAGUGGCUCAAGCACGGGGACGGCGUAUUUCGGGUAACUGGUAAAGCUGGUUCUGGGAAGUCCACGUUGAUGAAGUACUUGACUCACCACCGUGAAACCAAGCGACUUGUGAAGAAAUGA